AUGGCCGACUCCAACAUCAACCAUGCCACCUCCCUCGAAUACUGGAAUUCUGUCGCCCCGGACGUGAACGGGAUGCUCGGCGGGUUCCCCCAGAUCUCGCGUAUCGACCUUCGCGGAUCCGCCAGCUUCCUCGCCAAGGUCCGGCGCCUCGUUCCCGCGAUUCCUUCCACGGGCGCGCUUCCGCUCGGCGUCGAUUGCGGCGCGGGCAUCGGGCGCGUUACGGAGGGGUUUCUGAGCAACGUGUGUGAGGUGGUUGAUGUGGUUGAGCCCGUGGAGAACUUUUCGCGGGUUGUGCGCGAGGGACCAUUGAAGAAAGCUGGGAAGGUGGGCGAAAUUUUUGUCGUUGGGUUGGAGAGCUGGGUUCCUCGAAAACAGUAUGAUCUGGUCUGGAAUCAGUGGUGUCUGGGCCAUUUGACGGAUGCUCAGCUCGUGGCGUAUCUUGUCCGGUGUCGGGAGGCACUGUCGGAUGGCGGGGUGAUUGUUGUCAAGGAGAAUAUGUCGACUGCUUCCCAUGGACAGGAUGUGUACGAUGAGCUGGAUAGCAGCGUCACUCGCACGGACGACAAGUUUCGGAUGCUGUUCAAGGAGGCCGGGCUGAACUUGAUCAAGUCCGAAGAGCAGGCUGGCUUCCCGCCCAGUUUGAAGCUCUUCCCCGUUCGAUUCUACGCGCUGCGGCCGGCCACUUGA